GGGCGGCGGCUGCAGAGGGAGCCGCAGCCUGGCGGUUCUCGAGUCAGUCGUUCGCAGAGGAGGAGCGGCGGGAGGUGGGACGGCCGGCGAGGGAGAGUACCGAGGGCAGGAGCCGGCCAGCUGGUUCCGGCUGAGGAGACACUGAGAAAGGGGCGCACCGAGAGGAAGAUGCCUAGUACCGACCUUCUGAUGUUGAAGGCCUUUGAGCCCUACUUCGAGAUUUUGGAAGUAUACUCCACAAAAGCCAAGAAUUAUGUAAAUGGGCACUGCACCAAAUAUGAGCCCUGGCAGCUAAUUGCAUGGAGUGUCGCGUGGACCCUGUUGAUAGUUUGGGUGUACGAGUUUGUCUUCCAGCCAGAGAGUUUAUGGUCGAGGUUUAAAAAGAAAUAUUUUAGGCUUACCAGGAAGAUGCCAUUUAUUGGUCGCAAGAUCCAAGACAAGCUGAACAGGACCAAGGAGGAUAUUAACAAGAACAUGUCAUUCUUGAAAGUGGACAAAGAGUAUGUGAAAGCUCUUCCCUCCCAGGGUCUGAGCCCAUCUGCAGUUCUGGAGAAACUCAAGGAGUACAGCUCUAUGGAUGUCUUCUGGCAAGAAGGGAGAGCCUCAGGAGCUGUGUACAGUGGGGAGGAGAAGCUCACGGAGCUGCUCGUGCAGGCUUAUGGAAAUUUUGCAUGGAGUAACCCACUACAUCCAGAUAUAUUCCCGGGACUUCGUAAGAUAGAGGCAGAAAUUGUGAGAAUGACUUGUUCACUGUUCAAUGGGGGUCCAGAUUCCUGUGGAUGUGUGACCUCCGGGGGGACAGAAAGCAUCCUGAUGGCCUGCAAAGCUUCGGACCUGGCCUUAGAGAAGGGGAUCAAAACUCCAGAAAUUGUGGCUCCCCAAAGUGCCCAUGCUGCCUUUGACAAAGCAGCCAGUUAUUUGGGAUGAAGAUUGUGCGGGUUCGCGAAUAAGAUGAUGGAGGUGGACGUGCGGGCAAUGAGAAGAGCCAUCUCCAGGAACACUGCUAUGCUGGUCUGUUCUGCUCCACAGUUUCCUCACGGUGUGAUAGAUCCUAUCUCCGAAGUGGCCAAGCUGGCUGUCAAAUACAAAAUACCUCUUCAUGUAGAUGCGUGUCUGGGAGGCUUUCUCAUCGUCUUUAUGGAGAAAGCAGGAUACCCACUGGAGAAGCCGUUUGAUUUCCGGGUGAAAGGUGUGACCAGCAUUUCAACUGAUACCCACAAGUAUGGCUACGCUCCCAAAGGCUCGUCAGUAUUGUUGUACAGUGACAAGAAGUACAGGAGCUACCAGUUCUUCAUUGAAACAGAUUGGCCGGGUGGCAUCUACGCUUCCCCAAGCAUCGCUGGCUCACGGCCUGGUGGCAUCAUUGCUGCCUGUUGGGCCACCCUGAUGCACUUCGGUGAGAACGGCUAUGUUGAAGCUACCAAACAGAUCAUCAAAACUGCUCGAUUCCUCAAGUCAGAACUGGAAAAUAUCAAAGGCAUAUUUGUUUUUGGGAAUCCUCAGUUGUCAGUCAUUGCUUUGGGCUCCCAUGAUUUUGACAUCUAUCGGCUAUCUAAUUUGAUGACUGCUAAGGGGUGGAACUUGAACCAGUUGCAGUUCCCACCAAGUAUUCAUUUCUGCAUCACAUUAGUACAUACCCGGAAGCGAGUAGCAAUCCAUUUCCUAAAGGAUGUCCGAGAAUCUGUCACCCAAAUCAUGAAAAAUCCUAAAGCCAAGACCACAGAAUGUUCCUUUAUGCAGAAAGGCAGAUUGGAAAGUACCUUGUCAAAAUGUACUGGUGCCAUUUAUGGCAUGGCCCAGGCAACUGUUGACAGGAAUAUGAUUGCGGAAUUGUCCUCAGUCUUCUUGGACGGCCUAUAUAGUACGGACGCUGUGACCCAAGGAAGCCAAAUGAAUGGUUCUCCAAAACCCCGCUGAGCAUGAACCCUUUCUAGUCCCAAGGAGCUACUGGCCUUCAGAAGGUUCUUGGGUGUGGAACAGGCUGCGUGCAACUUUGACAUCUGUUCCUGCUCCAUAGAGCACAACGAGGUAGACAUAAGACAGCUUGCGCCUCAGGAUUUUGUUUCUCCUUUUGUUACUUUUUAUGAUUUUUAAUUUGAAGACCCCAAAGGAUUCUACUGCAUAAUGAAUCUUCCCUUGCCAUCAAUGUUACCCUAGAAUUGUUUUAACUAUUUCCUUCUCUAACUUUUCAGCUUUCAUCUUUGCUCAGUCCUUGUGUGGUGGCUCUGACCUGUCCUGAUUCUGUAGGGAAGCUAUAAGAUAGCAAAAGGGUUUCCUUGUUACCUAGGCAGAUAUUUUGGCUAGCUAGGUAGCACACGUUUAUGUAACAGAUAUUUCCCUGGGUGGGUGUUUGGAGCAUUCUAAGUAGGAGUCUCUCUGCUCAAGAGUAGGUCGGUUGUCUCUUUCAAAAUCUCUUUCACUACAGCUUGUUCUGUUUUUCCAGGACACAGGUUGGCCAGGUUGCUGUUGCCUGUCGUGCAGCCCUGGAGCGAUUGACCAUGUCUGCUCAGGUGCCCAUGGGGGGGUUGGAGUACUCCAUUCUCCUCUUGUGCUUGCAGGCCCUAUGAGACCUUGGUUGUCACUCUUUUUGGAGAUGGUGUUUGAAAUCAUGCACCCAUUGGCUUGUCGUUUCCUUUGAGUAGGAAGAGAAUGGUUUCCAGAGCAUCUAGGACUUUCUGGUUGUGGUGCUGCCUCCCUGCAUUGGCAAUGGCCAGAGUACAGUUGAGUCCUUUUAGUGAUGAGCAAAAACCAGAUGGUUUUCUAUAAUUUCCUGAAUAUCAGCAUAGAUGAGCAUCCUGGUUCAAAUGUCGGUCACCAAAGUUAGUGGUGGUUCUGCCUCCCUUGCCUUAAGCUGUCGUGUAACAGGAGUCUGUUUGCUAAAGGAAAGCUCAGAGCACCUCCACAAGUUGCCUUGACUUACUCUAGGUGGGUGUGGAAGGGCGUGGAGAACAUUUCCUCUCUCCAUGUUCUUCCUGCCUCUUCCCCCUUGAUUCACCUUCCAAAGGUACUAUGGCAGUUAGCCUCAGGUACUGGAUGCUGCUCAGCCUUAGCUCAAAGGGAGCAGCGGGAACGACAUAAACAUUUUGGAAUAGGAAUGCAUGACUUCAAGCAGCCAUUAUGGUCUAGGGCCUGGAAUUCCUUCAGAAGACUAGCUGCUCAGGAUGGUGCAGAGGAAAGAACCAAAUCCUGUGCUCACUUCCUUCUUUUCUCCCUUUUUUGGGGCCCUAAUUUAGGUUGAGCCACUGCCCUGCUCUAGUGACAUUAUACCAUGUGCCUUCUCCCCAGCAGUGAGCUCUUCCUGACCCAGCCCUAGGGGAAAUGGACCAGUCUUAGAAGUUCCUAUUGGGUGGGCGAGAACUUAAGUCAAGUCAGGAGAAACUGCUCUGUUCCCUCCCCUUCUCAGGGACUUGAAUAUCCAGCCUUUCUAGGCUGCUGUCCUCAAGCUGCCCUCAGCUCCUCAGCACAUCUGUCACAGGUGUUCUUUAGCACUGCACUUUUCAUCCAAUAACUGUGACUAGCUGGCCAUGUCACUGCAGGGCUGGUGUGUGUGUGUGUGUGUGUGUGUGUGUGUGUGCGCGCGCGCGUGCGCGCGCGCUCCUGUGCUUCCCUCCUGUUUGCUCUGCAGUGCAUUGUGGGGUUCAAGAGCAGUUAUAUACCUGUGUGUGUGUGUCAGGGAAAGGCCGAGAUCUUUAGGACAUAGGAGUCACACGCUUCCUCCCAGUUGCUGAACCGGUGGGCACUUCCUUGAGAGAGUAGCUGUGGUCAGAGCCGUCUAAGAAUUGCCUUGGGUCUCCAGGCAUCAUGUUGGAGGAGGUCCAGGGACUCAGAGCCACCCAACAAGCUCCACUGUGGCUUGCCAGCUGCUAAAAAGGCAGAGCACAUGCCUUGCUGUCUCCCCAGGACCAGACCCUGAGCCCUCACUUCCUCUGUACUGCGACAGCACUGGUGCUGUGGGGUGGUGGUGGUUUUCAAAGGGACCGACUGUAACCACUUUAAUAUAUGAUUAGGAGCCUUAGUUUGGCUUAACACUUGUGUAGGCUUCCAUUUGUGUCUAUUUGUGUGUAUGUGUGUGUGUGUGUGUUGUGUGCACAUAAUUCCUAACGUGUGGCAGAGGUGAGUAGGGUGUCUCUUAAUGGUAAUCAUGUUGCUAGCAGAUGUCACAUUGGCUUCUGCAAAAACUGUACUGUCUCGUUUCUGCAUUAGAAGUAAGUAGACCUGUGAAAAUACUGCCACGUCACUUUUAAUAUUACCAGUUUUAUACUUGGAAAAUGGUACUUGUCUCUUAUAUCUUUUUUGUCUUCUCUAAACCGUCCCCUCUCCAAAAAUACGCUCCCUUCAUAAUUGCAGCAAUAAUCUCUGAAAUUAAACAAUUCAGUGUCCCACUGUG